AUUUGGCAGGUGGAUGACGCCGCUGUUUUAUUCCGAAUUAGAAUAGUAGAAAGCGGAACGUCGCUUAGGGAAGAAAAAGUCAUAUCUUGGAUAAAUCCACAUAACUGGACUGCGUAUCGAAGUGUACUGUAACACGUAACAACCACGGUCUACAUAUUUUUUGAACGUAUAGUUUCUAGUCAUACAGAACAAAAACUGUUGUUUAAAGACUUUUACAUUAACAAAUAUUUACAAACAUUUACACACACAAAUACAUAUUCUACCGCCAAAAUACAAUGGCAAACGCAGGUACUCUCGUGGCUCAUUUGUUCAAAUUGGCCGUCACUCUUGUUUGUAUGCGAUAUAUCGAAAGUUCAUACAAAAUUUUUUCGAACGAGAACGAUUGGGCUGCACGGGCUUUUCAAAUUUUGCUCAUCCACUCCAUUCUUGGUGUUUUCACGUUUGGAACUUCGGGGAGCCUCGUAGGAAAACGAAUGUUCCGAGACAUUUAUGACGGCUUGACAAAUAUCAUUGAGAUUGUGCCACUAGCACUUUUUGCUACAGAAAUAUCACUGCGGUGCCAUGUGAAUGAAAUACUCAGGCAAUUGCUACUUAUUACUCUGGGGAUAUUGCCCAUAGUUCACGAAGUUAUACGUAAAAAAAAACGUGCCCGAACGCUCCAACUGACGAAUUUUGUCAUUGGUGUACAACUGUUUACUAUUAUUGUUGCUUGCCUAAAACGAGGGAAUUUAAGUGUCACCAGCUUCGUUGCUGCUUAUAUUCUGGACCGCUACUUCCUGGAAGAUCUCUGUGACCGUUUCGAUGUGCCUUAUAUUGAUCUUGCCCAGUACAGCAUGUCAUUCGUGGAAGUUUUUGCUCUCGUUACCAUUCAAGAAUUGUGAGAAUUGAACUUCCGUUUCUCCCCGUCAAUCCUGUCUUCUACCAUUACCUUUGUCUUCUUGAAAACUUUGGAAGAAAUAGAAAAUUUGAGAUAUCCAAAA